AUGAAAAAUAAUGAAGUAAAUUAUAAUAAUAAUAGUAAUAAUAGUAAUAAACCAAUUUUAAUAGCUUUAGGUGGUCCAUCUUCAAGCGGUAAAACUACAGUUGGUAAAUCAUUACAUUCAUUAAUUUCAAAUUCUGAAUUAUAUCAUUUAGAUGAUUUUUAUAUAUCUGAUUCAUUAAUUCCGAUUGAUAAAAAAACUGGUCUACAAAACUGGGAUUGUGCCGAAGCUAUCGAUUUUGAAAAGUUUAAACAAUUCUUGAUAGAUUUGAAAAAUGAUAAACCUGUAGUUUUAAAAUCAAUUCAACCAGAAACACGCGUAAAAUUGACCGAUAAUGAAGAAUCAAUACUAAAGAAGGAAAUCGAAAAAGCAAAUAUUAAAAGGAGGAUUAUAUUUAUAGAUGGAUUUAUGUUAUUUCAUGAUCCUGAAUUAAUCAAAUUAUUUGAUAUCAAGUUAUUUUACCAUUGUUUUUUUGAAACAUUAAAAAGUAGAAGAGAGUCAAGAAAUGGAUAUAAUACAUCAGAAGGUUUUUGGGUUGAUCCACCAAAUUAUUUUGAAAAGAUAGUGUGGCCAGCAUAUACAAAGAGCCACUCAUACUUAUUCAAUAAUCACGACGUAAAUUCAAAACUAAAACCAGAAAUUAAAGAAAAGUACAACCUUCAUGAUAUAAGCAAUGAUUCAAUUUCAUUAUUUGAAUUAGUCAAUUGGUCAUUAAAUAUUAUAUUAGAUAAUUUAUAG